AUGGGAUCGCCGCCCAAGUCGCCGAGCACGUUGGGCUCCGCGGCCGAAGUGCCGACGAUGCAGGUCCUGAACACGCACGACACGCCUGCCAUCCGCAUGGCCACGGCGGCUCCACGCCCCGACAUGUCGCGGAGGGACCACAUCGCCCACGAAAUCCUGGAGUCGGAGCGGUACUACGUGCGCAACCUGGGCGUCAUUGUCGACACCUUCCUUCGACCGCUAUUGGAGGGCAAGAGAAGGUCGACGAGUCCGACCACGAGAGCGCGCCGCCACCCGAAGCCGAUGCGGCAGCGACCGGCGGCAAAAAUACGAAUAAUAAGCUGCAAAAUGCGCAUGAUGCCCCGGCGCAAGGAUUCGACGAGCAGAUCGGAGGGGGUCAUCACCGAGGGGGAGAUCAACGUCAUCUUCUCCAACAUCGUCGAGAUUCUCAACCUCAACCAGAUCCUCCUCCAGGACCUGGAGGAACGAAUGAAAACGUGGAACGACAAGACCACCCUCAUCGGCGACGUGCUGUGCAAAUUCGUGCCCUACCUGAAGUCCUACAUCGUCUACGCCCGCAUGAAUGAGAAGGCUCAAGAGCUGCUCAUGACUGUGGAGACCAAGCCGGCCUACUGCGAGUUUGUAAAGAGCUGGGAGAAGCUCUCUGAUCUGCUGCUGGGUGGCGGCUGGUGGUGUUUGGAAGUGUGGGAGUUCGAGUCGCGGGGGUCGGAUGAUGAUGAUGAUGAUGAUGAUGAUGAUGAUGAUGACGUGUUGGUGCAGCAGGGAGGCGGGUUGCGUGCGUAUCUCAUCCUCCCGAUCCAGCGGAUUCCCCGCUACGAGCUGUUCAUCAAGGAUCUGGUGAAGAGCACGGACCCCUCCCAUCCCGAUUACAACAACUUGAGCAAGGCCUACGACGGCACGUUCACCUCUCGACCCCCUUUCGCCCUCUACCUUUUGCUUCUUUCUGCUGCUGCUGCUGGAGUGUGGGGAGCUGAGUUUGGGUUGGGGGAGGUGAAGGAGGUCAACCACAAGAUCAACGAAUCCAUCAGGGAAGCCGAGAACCGCCUCAAGCUGCUCGAGAUCUCCCGCUCCUUCAUGGACAACCCCGUGUGGGGACCCACCGUGCCCACCCUGGUGGAGCCCCACCGGGUGUUUGUGAAGGAGGGCGCCCUUACCAAGAUCUGCCGCAGCAAGCACGUGCUGCGGUGGGUGGUGCUGUUCAACGACAUUCUGCUCUACGCCUCUGACUUUUCUAUCGGCCUCACGAGGAAGCUCCAGUUCCACAAAAUGUUCCACCUUGAAUCGCUCCGGGUGGACGACGUUCCCGACAAAGAGACGGCGCACAAGUCGCUCAAGAACGCGUUCCAGAUCGUGUCGCCCAACAAGUCGUUUGUGCUCUACGCGGCUUCCCCCGAACUCAAGGAGGAGUGGGUCAGCACCCUCAGGAAUGCGAUCAAGGCAUGGCAGACAAAGCGUGCCACCCUCGCCACCAGCAAAAACGACGCCGCCUACGCCAUCACCGAGGCACCCGUCUGGAUUCCCGACGACGAGGUGGCGUCGUGCAUGCUUUGUGCCUCCGGCUUCACGCUCACCAAGCGAAGACAUCACUGCCGAUCCUGCGGCAAGGUCAUCUGCGGCGAUUGCUCGCGGAAGAAGCUCCUUCUCCUCAAUGUAGAUAAGAGGGAAGAGAAGAAGGAUGCGGAGGGUGCCUCCAGGCCAGCUGCGACAACGACAGCGACAACGACGACGCCCGAUCAGAAGACCUCGCCCAGAGGCGUGGAGUAUCUGGCCCUCUACGACUUCAAAGCCGAAAGCGAAAGAGAGUUGAGCUUGAAGGUGGGCGAGCGCCUCUGGGUCGUGGAAGAAGAGAUGGAUGGCUGGUUCGAGGCCAAGGCCUUUGAUGGCAGAAUUGGGUUCGUACCUUCCACGUAUGUGCGCAAGGUUUGA